UGAAAAUGUCCUUGCCGUUCGCGUGAACUCUCGCGAUACUUGCCGCCGCGCGAACCCGCAGGAAGAAGCUGAGCUGGAGGGAUCAUGGCGGAGCGCAGGAGGCACAAGAAGCGGAUCCAGGAGGUGUGCGAGCUAACUAAGGAGGAGAAAGUGGUGGCCAAGCAUCUGCGCUUCAACUGUCCCACCAAGUCCACCACCAUGAUGGGCCACCAAAAGGUCGACUACUUCAUCGCCUCCAAGGCGGUGGAUUGUCUGCUGGACUCCAAGUGGGCCAAAGCCAAGAAGGGAGAAGAGGCGCUCUUCACCAGCAGAGACUCCGUGCUGGACUACUGCAACAGACUUCUCAAGAAGCAGUUCUUCCAGCGUGCUCUGAAAGUGAUGAAGAAGAAGUCAGAGAAGGACAAGAAGACCAAGGGGGACAGCGGCAAAGAGGAGGAAAAGAAAGCGAAGGAGAAGAACAAGAAGAAGGAGGCGGACACGGGCAGCGAGAGCAAGAAGGACACUAAAAGCGAUGAUAGUCCAGGAAGUCCCAAAAAGAAGAAAGAGGUGAAGAAGAAGUUCAAGCUGGAGCUGCACGAGGAUCAAAUGUUCCUGGAUGGAAACGAGGUCUACGUGUGGAUUUACGACCCCGUGCCCUUCAAGUCCUUCGCCAUGGGGCUGAUCCUGGUCAUCGCCGUCAUCGCCGCCACGCUCUUCCCGCUGUGGCCGGCAGAAAUGCGCGUGGGCGUGUACUACUUGAGCGUCGCCGCCGGAUGCUUCGUGGCCAGCAUUUUUCUCCUGGCUGUCGCUCGCUGCAUCCUCUUCCUCUUCAUCUGGAUGGUGACCGGCGGCCGCCAUCACUUCUGGUUCCUUCCCAACCUGACAGCCGACGUGGGCUUCAUCGACUCCUUCCGCCCGCUCUACACCCACGAGUACAAAGGCCCGCGGGGCGGCGCCAAGAAGGGCGGCAAGGACGAGGGCCAGAAAUCCGACAGCGACGACAAGUCCGACAGCGAGAAGAAAGACGAGGAGGAGGAGGAAGAGGAAGAGGGGGAGGAGGUAAAAGAGGCGGGGCUAGAGGACACAGACAGCGACCGCAGGGAGGAAGAAGGCUCGCAGCACAGCAACGGCAACGACUUUGAGAUGAUCACCAGAGAUGAACUGGACCAGCACACGGAAGAGGACGAGGAGAACCAAGAACCAGGAGACAGUGACACGGACCUUCAGACAUAAACUUCCUCUUCCUCCCUCCCACUAAAUGUCCACCUCACAGCUCCAGGACUGAAAUAACUAAGAAAAGGUUUGAUCUCUUCUUGACAAUAUUUGCUUUGAUUCCUUCGGUGUCACGGCGAGACAAAACCAGGGACCAAACUAUGCUGGGCUUUUUCCACACCAAGUAGUUAAGUUUGGUGGGAAAGUCCAAGUCCGGUUUGAAGGUGCCAAAUGGGCUGGGAAUGUGACAAAGAGCACAGUUGCCACAAUGAAAAUUGAUCAUUUUUAACAAUGAAUACAAAGGCCUACUGAAACCCACGCAGUCUGAUAGUUUAUAUAUCCAUCAUGAAAUAUUAACAUUGCAACACAUGCCAAUAUGGCCACGUUACUUUAAUAAAUUGCAAUUUUAAAUUUCCCGCCAAAUGUCGUGUUGAAAUCGUCACGGCAUGACGACGCGUGCGUGUGAAGUCUCAGGUUGUAGCGGACACUAUUUUCCAGCCCGAUCCCAGCUAUAAGUAGUCUGCUUUAAUCGCAUGAUUACACAGUAUUCUGGACAUCUGUGUUGCAAUUUGUUCAAUUAAUAAUGAAGACGUCAAAGAAGAAAGAUGUAGGUGGGAAGCCUUUAGCCACACAAACAUAGCCGGUGUUUCCUUGUUAAAAAUUCCCGAAGGUGAAGCUUUACUAUGGAUCAGAGCGGUCAAGAAAACAUUGAUCCCGACUACAUGUCAACCGGCAGUAUUUCAGUGAGAAAAUUGUGGUAAUAAGUCGGCUCGUACCGUAGUUAUGAGUGUAGUUAUGGCGUCCUCCUGCAGCAGCUGCGGACUAUUACCUCCUCCCACCUGAGACACUGGCGGUCACCACACUCAUGGCCACACCCCUCCGACUGUCAGGUACUAUAUAAUCUCACUAAAACACUAGCAACACAAUCAGUUAAGAGAUUUUCCAGAAUUAUCCUAGUAAAUUUGUCUAAUAACACUGCCCUGUCAUUUUUUUUUUCUAGUCCUUCCCUCUCAAUAUCCUCAUCCACAAAUCUUUCAUCCUCGCUCAAAUUAAUGGGGAAAUCGUUGCUUUCUCAGUCCGAAUCGCUCUCGCUGCUGGUGGCCAUGAUUGUAAACAAAGUGGGGAUGUGAAGAGCUCCACAACCCGUGACAUCACGUGCACAUCGUCUGCUACUUCCGGUACAGGCAAGGCUUUUUUAGUGACCAAAAGUUGCGCACUUUAUGGUGGAUGUUCUCUACUAAGUCCUUUCAGCAAAAAUAUGGCGAAAUGAUCAAGUAUGACACAUAAAUGGAGCUGCUAUCCCCUUUUGAAUAAGAAAGUCUCAUUUCAGUAGGCCUUUAAGCAAACAAUUAUGCAUACCAUGUCUGCCUCCUGUCUUCUACUCUAUUAGGAGCGUGUAUUCCCUGUCUACUUUUUCUUUUUGUAUCAAUUCAUUUAGUUCCUCCCUCUUUUUAAUUUAUUCCACUUUUUUAUAAGUUUAUUAAUUCUGACAUCUGCCUCUCUCCUACUCUCGUACAUCAUUUAUUAGUACUGUAUGUAUAUAUAUUUACACCUGCUGCCUGUCAUCACACACUUCUGCCAGCAGGGGGCGACACACACCCGUAGACGUCGAUGUUUUUUGUCUUCUAGUCAGCAUUACUCUCUUCAUGCAAUACUAGUAGUAUUGUUGUAAAAAUGUGAUAAAAGGACAAAAAGCAUGCUGAGGUGUGCCUGCCGCAGCUCACAAUAAAGCAGCAAAAACUCUUUAA